UCCCGCUGCCCCGUCCGGCCCGCGCCGCUUCCUCGCAACAGCCGCUCCCGGCUCCGCGGCCGCAGCCCGCGUGGACGCUCCGAGCGCCCCCCGACGGACAGGACCGGCUACCUGGCGGUCGGGCGAGCGGGCGGCCGCGCCCGGCCGGCAGCGCUGGGGUUAAGUGGCCCAAGUAAACCUAGCUCGGCGAUCGGCGCCGGAGAUUCGCGAGCCCAGCGCCCUGCACGGCCGCCCGCCGGCCUCCCGCCAGCUAGCCCCGACCCGCGGCUCCGCCGCCCAGCCGCGCCCGAGCCAGCCCUGCGGCAGGAAAGCAUGAAGGGAGACACCAGGCAUCUCAACGGAGAGGAGGACGCCGGCGGGAGGGAAGACUCGAUCCUCGUCAAUGGGGCCUGCAGCGACCAGUCCUCCGACUCGCCCCCGAUCCUGGAGGCCAUCCGCACCCCGGAGAUCAGAGGCCGAAGAUCAAGCUCGCGACUCUCCAAGAGGGAGGUGUCCAGUCUGCUAAGCUACACGCAGGACUUGACAGGCGAUGGCGACGGGGAAGAUGGGGAUGGCUCUGACACCCCAGUGAUGCCAAAGCUCUUCCGGGAAACCAGGACUCGGUCAGAAAGCCCAGCUGUCCGAACUCGAAAUAACAACAGUGUCUCCAGCCGGGAGAGGCACAGGCCUUCCCCACGUUCCACCCGAGGCCGGCAGGGCCGCAACCAUGUGGACGAGUCUCCCGUGGAGUUCCCGGCUACCAGGUCCCUGAGACGGCGGGCAACAGCAUCGGCAGGAACGCCAUGUCCGUCCCCUGCCAGCUCUUACCUUACCAUCGACCUCACAGAUGACACAGAGGACACACGUGUGACGCCCCAGAGCAGCAGUACCCCCUAUGCCCGCCUAGCCCAUGACAGCCAGCAGGAGGGCAUGGAGUCCCCGCAGGUGGAGGCAGACAGUGGAGAUGGAGACAGUUCAGAGUAUCAGGAUGGGAAGGAGUUUGGAAUAGGGGACCUCGUGUGGGGAAAGAUCAAGGGCUUCUCCUGGUGGCCUGCCAUGGUGGUGUCUUGGAAGGCCACCUCUAAGCGACAGGCUAUGUCUGGCAUGCGGUGGGUCCAGUGGUUUGGCGAUGGCAAGUUUUCCGAGGUCUCUGCAGACAAACUGGUGGCACUGGGGCUGUUCAGCCAGCACUUUAAUUUGGCCACCUUCAAUAAGCUCGUCUCCUAUCGAAAAGCCAUGUACCAUGCUCUGGAGAAAGCUAGGGUGCGAGCUGGCAAGACCUUCCCCAGCAGCCCUGGAGACUCAUUGGAGGACCAGCUGAAGCCCAUGUUGGAGUGGGCCCACGGGGGCUUCAAGCCCACUGGGAUCGAGGGCCUCAAACCCAACAACACGCAACCAGAGAACAAGACUCGAAGACGCACAGCUGACGACUCAGCCACCUCUGACUACUGCCCCGCACCCAAGCGCCUCAAGACAAAUUGCUAUAACAACGGCAAAGACCGAGGGGAUGAAGAUCAGAGCCGAGAACAAAUGGCUUCAGAUGUUGCCAACAACAAGAGCAGCCUGGAAGACGGCUGUUUGUCUUGUGGCAGGAAAAACCCCGUGUCCUUCCACCCUCUGUUUGAGGGGGGCCUCUGUCAGACAUGCCGGGAUCGCUUCCUUGAGCUGUUUUACAUGUAUGACGACGAUGGCUAUCAGUCUUACUGCACCGUGUGCUGCGAGGGCCGAGAGCUGCUGCUUUGUAGCAACACGAGCUGCUGCCGGUGCUUCUGUGUGGAGUGCCUGGAGGUGCUGGUGGGCACAGGCACAGCGGCCGAGGCCAAGCUUCAGGAGCCCUGGAGCUGCUACAUGUGUCUCCCGCAGCGCUGUCACGGCGUCCUGCGGCGCCGGAAGGACUGGAACGUGCGCCUGCAGGCCUUCUUCACCAGUGACACGGGGCUUGAAUACGAAGCCCCCAAGCUGUACCCUGCCAUUCCCGCAGCCCGAAGGCGGCCCAUUCGAGUCCUGUCAUUGUUUGAUGGCAUCGCAACAGGCUACCUAGUCCUCAAAGAGCUGGGCAUAAAGGUAGGAAAGUACGUCGCCUCUGAAGUGUGUGAAGAGUCCAUCGCUGUUGGAACCGUGAAGCACGAGGGGAAUAUCAAAUACGUGAACGACGUGAGGAACAUCACAAAGAAAAAUAUUGAAGAAUGGGGCCCAUUUGACUUGGUGAUUGGCGGAAGCCCAUGCAACGAUCUCUCAAAUGUGAAUCCAGCCAGGAAAGGCCUGUAUGAGGGUACAGGCCGGCUCUUCUUUGAAUUUUACCACCUGCUGAAUUACUCACGCCCCAAGGAGGGUGAUGACCGGCCGUUCUUCUGGAUGUUUGAGAAUGUUGUAGCCAUGAAGGUUGGCGACAAGAGGGACAUCUCACGGUUCCUGGAGUGUAAUCCAGUGAUGAUUGAUGCCAUCAAAGUUUCUGCUGCUCACAGGGCCCGAUACUUUUGGGGCAACCUACCUGGGAUGAACAGGCCCGUGAUAGCAUCAAAGAAUGAUAAACUCGAGCUGCAGGACUGCUUGGAAUACAAUAGGAUAGCCAAGUUAAAGAAAGUACAGACAAUAACCACCAAGUCGAACUCGAUCAAACAGGGGAAAAACCAACUUUUCCCUGGUGUCAUGAAUGGCAAAGAAGAUGUUUUGUGGUGCACUGAGCUCGAAAGGAUCUUUGGCUUUCCUGUGCACUACACAGACGUGUCCAACAUGGGCCGCGGUGCCCGCCAGAAGCUGCUGGGAAGGUCCUGGAGCGUGCCUGUCAUCCGACACCUCUUCGCCCCUCUGAAGGACUACUUUGCAUGUGAAUAGUUCCAGCCAGGCCCCAAGCCCACUGGGGUGUGUGGCAGAGCCAGGACCCAGGAGGUGUGAUUCCUGAAGGCAUCCCCAGGCCCUGCUCUUCCUUAGCUGUGUGGGGCAUACCGUGUACCUCAGUUCCCUCCUGCUCAGUGGGGGCAGAGCCACCUGACUCUCUUGCAGGGGGAGGCCGAGGUGCCGCCUCCUUGUGCACAAUUCAGACCUGGCUGCUUGGAGCAGCCUAACAUGGUGCUCAUUUUUUCUUCUCCUAAAACUUUAAAACUUGAAGUAGGUAGCAACGUGGCUUUUUUUUUUUUUUUCCUUCCUGGGUCUACCACUCAGAGAAACAAUGGCUAUGAUACCAAAACCACAGUGCCGACAGCUCUCCAAUACUCAGGUUAAUGCUGAAAAAUCAUCCAAGACAGUUAUUUCAAGAGUUUAAUUUUUGAAAACUGGCUGCUGCUCUGUGUUUACAGACGUGUGCAGUUGUAGGCAUGUAGCUACGGGACAUUUUUAAGGGCCCAGGAUCGUUUUUUCCCAGGGCAAGCAAAAGAGAAAAUGUUGUAUAUGUCUUUUCCCCGGCACAUUCCCCUUGCCUAAAUACAAGGGCUGGAGUCUGCACGGGACCUAUUAGAGUAUUUUCCACAACGAUGAUGAUUUCAGCAGGGAUGACAUCAUCAUCACAUUCAGGGCUAUCUUUUCCCCCCACAAACCCAAGGGCAGGGGCCACUCUUAGCUCAAUCCCUCCCAGUGACUGCAAUAGAACCCUCUGGGGAGCUCAGGAAGGGGUGUGCUGAGUUCUAUAACAUAAGCUGCCAUAUAUUUUGUAGACAAGUAUGGCUCCUCCGUGUCUCCCUCUUCCUUAGGAGAGGAGUGUGAAGGAAGGAGCUCAGAUAAGCCACCCCCUCAAACCCAUUCCCUCUCCAAGAGACCUACCCCCCACAGGCACAGGUCCCCAGAUGAGAAGUCUGCUACCCUCAUUUCUCAUCUUUUUACUAAACUCAGAAGCAGUGACAGCAGUCAGGGACAGACGUACAUUUCUCACACCUUCCCCUCAUCUUAAGAGAUGACAGAGAAAACUGCAGUCAAAGCUCGGUGCUCCCUCUGGAGAUUUUUAAAUCCUUUUUUAUUCCAUGAUAAGUCAUUUUUAGGGAGAAUGGGAGUUCAGACAAGCUGCAUUUCAGAAAUGCUGUCGUAAUGGUUUUUAACACCUCUUACUCUUCUUACUGGUGCUAUUUUGUAGAAUAAGGAACAACGUUGACAAGUUUUGUGGGGCUUUUUAUACACUUUUUUUAAAAUCUCAAACUUCUAUUUUUAUGUUUAACGUUUUCAUUAAAACUUUUUUUGUACCUGGAGCCACGACGUAACAAAUAUGGGGAAAAAAACUGUGCCUUGUUUCAACAGUUUUUGCUAAUUUUUAGGCUGAAAGAUGACGGAUGCCUAGAGUUUACCUUAUGUUUAAUUAAAAUCAGUAUUUGUCUAUAA